AUGUCUUCAGUUGGCAAUCCUGUACAUUCAUUAGCACUGACCGAUUCUACGGCUUCCUCUUCAUCCUCUAAUAAAGCUUUAAAUGAUGAACAAAUUUAUCAAUGGAUAUCAGAAUUAGUAACGGGCAACAAUAGAGAAAGAGCAUUAUUAGAAUUAGGUAAAAAAAGAGAACAAUAUGAUGAUUUAGCCUUAGUUUUAUGGAAUUCAUUUGGAGUCAUCACGGUUUUAUUAGAAGAAAUAAUAUCGGUAUAUCCUUAUUUAAAUCCACCAAAUUUAAGUGCAUCUAUAUCUAAUCGAGUUUGUAAUGCAUUGGCAUUAUUACAAUGUGUAGCAUCAAAUGUUCAAACGAGAACAUUAUUUUUAAAUGCUAAUUUACCAUUAUAUUUAUAUCCAUUUUUAUCAACUAAUGCUCGUCAAAGAUCAUUUGAAUAUUUACGAUUGACUAGUUUGGGUGUGAUUGGAGCAUUAGUGAAAAAUGAUACUCCAGAAGUGAUUAAUUUUUUAUUAACAACAGAAAUUGUCCCCUUAUGUUUAAAUAUAAUGGAAAUAUCAUCAGAAUUAUCGAAAACAGUGGCAAUUUUUAUCUUACAGAAAAUUUUAUUAGAUGAUCAAGGUUUAGCUUAUGUUUGUACUACGUUUGAAAGAUUUCAUACUGUGGCUUCAGUAUUAUCAAAAAUGAUUGAUCAACUUAGUAUUGCUGUAAAUUCAACCAAUUCUCAACAACAACAACAACAACAAGGUCAACAAGCCCAACAACAACAACAACAACAACAACAGACUCAAUCAGUACCAUCAUCAAAUAGUUCAGGAAGAUUAUUAAAACAUGUUGUUAGAUGUUAUAUGAGAUUAUCUGAUAAUUUAGAAGCUAGAAAAGCAUUAGCUAAUAUAUUACCCGAACCAUUACGUGAUGGAACUUUUUCUACAAUUUUACAAGAUGAUUUAGCAACUAAAAGAUGUUUAUCUCAAUUAUUAUCUAAUAUUAAUGAACCUCAAUAA